UCAUCUCUAUCAACCAAUUGGACGUGACCAAAACACCCACUCAAGAGAUGGUGUCAUGAGAUAAAAGGUGGGGCGUGUGAUACAUAUAUGAUGACUUCUGCCUCUCUCUUUUAUCCACUAGGAGAAGGGUGGGUGUUUAAACGACAUGACUCUCUUAUUUUUAAUAUUGGUUAAACCUCUGUUUGUCUUAAUCCAUGGUGCAUGUGCAGACCCUGCGCCUCUGGUGAAAGUCUGCUCAUUGCAGAGCAGUUUUGAGCCAGGGUUUGUUGCUGCAGGUGACUACAUUAUUGGGGGCAUCUUUCCACUUCACUACAACCAGGAGAUGCCAGACCUCAAUUCCACCUACAGACCACCAGCCGUUAAGUGCAAUGGGUUUGAUCCCAGGGCUUUCCGCUGGGCGCAGACCAUGAGGCUGGCAGUGGAGGAGAUAAACCAGAGCAAGAAGCUGUUAUCCAAUCACACGCUCGGCUACAAGAUCUUCGACUCGUGUGCGUAUCCACUGACAGGCCAACGGGCGGCCCUGGCGAUGAUGAACGGGCUGGCGGAAGCCGAGUCCCCCAUGUGCCACGGUGCCUCGCCACUGCUGGCUAUCAUUGGGGAGUCAGGCUCUGCCCAGUCAAUCGUGGUGUCUCGAAUACUCCAGCCUUUCAGAAUCCCAAUGAUCAGUUACUUCUCAUCGUGUGCAUGUCUCAGUGACAGGAGAAAAUAUCCUACUUUUUUCAGAGUGAUUCCAAAUGAUGACUAUCAGGUCAAGGCCAUCGCCCAGCUGCUGCUGAGGUUCCACUGGACCUGGGUGGGCUUGGUGCGAGGGGACCACGAGUAUGGACGCUUUGCUGUACAAGGUCUCCUCAGGGAGUUGAAGGGCACAGGCGUGUGUGUCGCCUACCAGGAGAUGAUCCCUUUGCUCUACAACCGCCAGAGGGCUCUUGAGAUUAUGCAGGUGAUGCAAGACUCUGGGGCAAAGGUGGUGGUAGUGUUUUCUGCCGAAGGAGAGAUGACUCCCUUCCUGAAGGACUACAUGAUGCUGAACAUCACAGGAAUCCAAUGGGUGGCCAGCGAGGCCUGGGUCACCGCCUCUGUGUUCGCUGGCAGGGAGUUCUACCCCUACCUCGGGGGCACCAUUGGCUUCGGCAUCAGGCAGGGCCAUAUCCGGGGGCUCAGAAGCUACCUGGAGACGGUAGACCCUCAGACAUACCCCUCUAAUACCCUGGUCCAAGAGCUCUGGGGUGCUCUUUACGGUUGCUCUCCUUCUCACUCCUUCUACUCCCCACUGGCCCCCUGCUCAGGGCAGGAGUCCCUUUUGGCGCAGCACUCGGGCUACAUGAAUACGUCGAGCCCCAGAGUCGCCUACAACGUCUACAAGGCCGUGUAUGCCAUCGCCCAUUCCCUGAACAACCUUCUCGGCUGUCAAGAACACAGCGGGCCCUUCUACAACAAGUCAUGUGCUCAAAGAAACAACAUACAACCCUGGCAGCUCCAGCACUAUCUCCAGGAAGUAGCGUUUAACAUCGGCGUAGAGGAGGUGAACUUUGACCUAAAGGGAGACUCGAUACCUUACUACGACAUAAUCAACUGGCAGAGAGGCCCUGGGGGAAAUAUUGAAUUUGUCAACAUUGGGUUGUUUGAUGGAACAAAGGCUGCCGGGAUGGAGCUUGUGAUCGAGGAGGAGAAGAUAGUUUGGGCAGGCCACCAGAGCGAGGUGCUGGUGUCUAUAUGCAGUGCCAGCUGCCAUCCAGGAUCUCGGAAGGCUGUCCGGCGUGGUGAGCCUGUGUGCUGCUUUGACUGUGUACCAUGUGACACUGGGAAAAUUAGCAAUCAGACAGAUGCCAUAGACUGCACGGUUUGUCCUGAGGAUUUCUGGUCCAAUACCGAUAGAACGUUAUGCAUCCCAAAGAAAGUUGAGUUCCUAACCUACGACUCCUUGGGCAUAGCCCUGACGGCGAUCGCCGUGGUGGGUGCCUGCAUCACAAUAGCUGUCCUGGCAGUGUUCCUCCACAACAGGAACACAGCCAUCGUCCGUCUCAACAACUCUGAGCUUAGCUUCUUCAUCCUACUGUCCCUAACGCUGUGCUUUCUGUGCGCACUGGUGUUCAUUGGCGAGCCCACACCCUGGUCCUGCAUGCUGCGUCACACAGCCUUCAGCAUCACCUUCUCCCUGUGCAUCUCUUGCAUCCUGGGCAAGACCCUGGUGGUGCUGGCCGUCUUCACCUCCACCAGGCCUGGGAACAACCUCAUGAAGUGGUUAGGGCCCACGCAGCAGAGGGCUAUCAUCUCAACGUGCACUCUGGUACAGGUGAUCAUCUGUGCAGCAUGGCUUAUAGAUGCACCACCAUUCCCAUCCAGGAACACACUUUAUGAGCAUUCCAAGAUAGUUCUUGAAUGCAGUGUGGGGUCCAGCCUUGCCUUUUGGUGUGUUCUGGGCUACAUCGGUCUCCUGGCCUGCAUGUGUUUCAUACUGGCCUUUCUGGCUCGCAAGUUACCCGGGAACUUCAACGAGGCCAAGUACAUCACCUUCAGCAUGCUGAUCUUCUGUGCUGUUUGGUUGGCCUUCAUCCCGGCCUACAUCAGCUCUCCUGGAAAGUAUGCAGAUGCUGUGGAGACCUUUGCUAUUCUGGCCUCCAGUUUUGGUUUGCUGUUCUGCUUGUUUGCGCCAAAGUGUUUCAUAAUUUUAUUGCAGCCGGAAAAGAAUACCAAGCAACACCUGAUGGGGAAGAAGUGA